AUGGCGUCCUCCGACAACCUCCCGAGGGCAUCCCACGAGUCCCACGAGUCCGACACCUCUGUUUCAACUACCAGCAUCGUAUUCGACCGCAUCAACGACCGCAUGUUAAAUAACAACCCCUCCUCUUCUUCCAAGCGCCGGACCUCCCCCCCUGCUGCCCGUCGAAGCAACGCUCCCUAUGCCGACCGAGACACCCUCUCCGAAUUCGACGACGAUGACCCGCUCAAGGAGGAGGCGUCCAGUGACCUCGAGACGGGGCCAUUCCUCCCCAAUGGCGCCGCCGUAGCCCGCCCAAAGUACAUGGACAGGAGCCUGAAGCGCCUCGUCCUGAUCUUGUCUGGCGUUUUCGUCGCCGCCUGGGUGGUCGCCCUGGUCCUGUACAUAUCCUCCAAGGCCUACAAGCACGGUUCCAACUUCGAGCACGACCCGCAAGCUACCAUCGCGCGGGGCAGUGGUAAGAAGCUCACCCUCGACGAGGUCAUGUCGGGCGCCUGGAGGCCUGUAACCCAUACCAUGAGCUGGGUUGCCGGCCCCAACGGAGAGGACGGGCUGCUCCUCGAACAGGACGCUGCCGGUAAAGAUUACCUGGUGGUAGAGGACGUUAGGAGCAAGGACCCGGAUGCGGCCACCGGCGUUGGUGCUGCGAAAUCUACAACCUUGAUCAAGAGUGGCCGUUUCGGAUAUGAGGGAAAGCAGUACCAGAUCGUGGGUGCAUGGCCCAGCUCGGACAUGAAAAAGGUGCUCGUCAGCACCGAUCAGGAGCAAGUAUUCCGGCAUUCCUUCACGGCCAGGUACUGGAUCUUCGACGUGACGAGGCAGAGCGCGGAGCCGCUGAUUCCCGGGGCUGCCCAGGCCCCAGUGCAGCUUGCCAAGUGGAGCCCCACGAGCAACGCGAUCGCCUUCGUCAGGGAAAACAACCUGUACCUGCGCUGGGUUGGUUCGCAGGAGGUGCGCCAAAUCACCGAGGAUGGUGGCGAGAACUACUUCUACGGCCGUCCGGACUGGGUCUACGAAGAGGAGGUUCUCGGCGGCGAUACUGCCACAUGGUGGUCCGAGGACGGCAAGUACCUCGCCUUUUUCAGGACAAAUGACACAGAUGUGCCUGAGUAUCCUGUCCAAUACUUCAUAUCCAAGCCGAAGGGCGGACAUCUUGACGCACUGGAGAACUACCCGCAGGAGCUAUACAUGAAAUACCCCAAGGCAGGCGCGCCCAAUCCCAUUGUGGACCUGCUCUUCCACGAUGUUGAUCGCGGUGACAACUUUGAGGUGAACAUCGAUGGUGGCUUCACGGACGUGGAUCGCCUCAUUACUACCGUGGUUUGGACAGGACAAAGCGUUCUCAUCAAGGAGACUAACCGCAUCUCUGACAACAUGCGCGUGGUUCUUGUCGACGUUGCAACUCGGACCGGAAAGACUGUUAGGUCGGUUGACGUGGGCAAGCUGGAUGGAGGCUGGUUCGAGAUCUCCCAGAAUACUCGCUACAUCCCCCCGGAUCCAGCAAACCAACGGCCCGACGCUGGCUAUAUCGACACUGUUAUCUACGACGACGGUGACCACUUGGCCUAUUUCUCUCCCUUGGACAACCCAGAACCCACCAUGCUCACCCAGGGAAAUUGGGAAGUGGAUAGCGCGCCUUCAGCAGUCGAUCUGAAGAACAAUCUCGUCUACUUCAUCGGGACCAAAGAAUCCUCAACCCAACGCCACAUAUACACGGUCAAAAUAGACGGGACUGACCUGAAACCGAUGACAGAAACCUCCCAGGAGGCCUACUACUCUGCUUCCUUCUCGUCCGGGGCAGGAUAUGUCUUGCUGAACUACCAAGGGCCCAAGAUUCCCUGGCAGAAGGUUGUGAGCACACCCAGCAACUCCGAAAAGUACGAGCAUGUAGUGGAGACGAACAAGGAUCUCGCAGACCGUGCUAAGAAGUACGAGCUGCCCGUUAAGAUUUAUGGCACAAUAUCUGUUGACGGGGUCGACCUGAAUUACAUCGAGCGGCGGCCGGCCCACUUCAACCCUAAGAAGAAGUAUCCUGUCUUGUUCUACCAGUACAGUGGACCCGGCUCGCAGGAAGUGAAGAAACUGUUCAAACAAGAUUUCCAAUCCGCCCUAACCCAUCACGGCUACAUCGUCGUGACGGUCGAUGGCCGCGGCACCGGCUUCAUUGGCCGGAAGAACCGUGUGGUCGUCCGCGGGCAGCUGGGCCACUGGGAGUCCCACGACCAGAUCGCAGCCGCAAAGCACUGGGCGUCGCUCUCGUACGUGGACGCCUCCCGGAUCGCGAUCUGGGGUUGGUCUUACGGCGGGUACAUGGCGCUCAAGACGCUGGAGCAGGACGCGGGGCAGACGUUCAGCUACGGCAUGGCGGUGGCGCCGGUGACGGACUGGCGGUACUACGACUCGGUCUACACGGAGCGGUACAUGAAGACGCCGCAGGAGAACGCGGCGGGCUACGACGGUACGGCCGUCAGCAACGCGACGGCGCUGGCGCAGAACGUGCGGUUCCUGAUCAUGCACGGCACGGGGGACGACAACGUGCACGUGCAGAACACGCUGACGCUGCUGGACAAGCUCGACCUGGCGGGGGUGUCCGCCUACGACGUCCACGUGUUCCCGGACUCGGACCACAGCAUCUACUUCCACAACGCCAACCAGAUCGUGUACGAGAAGCUGCAGGACUGGCUGAUCAAUGCCUUCAACGGGGAGUGGCUCAAGAUCGCGGACCCGGUCUCGAAGGACGCCAACAUAGCGAAGAGGAAUAAGCAUGUGUCGGGCGCGGCCUAG